AUGGAUCCAGCUCCAAAGAAGCAAAAGGUAGAUCAGGACGAUCCAGACUUGGCCAAGAAAACCCUCGAGAAAUAUUCCGAGUUUUUCUUCUCAGGAAACCCUAACAACAUCAAACUGCCCAACGCCUACAACGUGGAGCGUCUUGGCUACCCAGGCAGGCCUGCAGGUAUGACCCUUGAUAUUUAUGGAAAACUUACAUAUCCCGCACAAUACUUUCUUGCAGAAGCUGGUAGGAUUGCCAGCUGUCUCAUGUACGAGCCGCACAGAGGGUACAUUCUCCCAAUUCUCGAUGAAGCCCACAUUUUUCAAAGCUUGGACACGCUUAUGCAUCCAAAGCAUAUUGGUGACAACACACUGCAUAGAUUGGUCCCGGGAUUUCCGGACUAUGAAAAGAUUCCAGACCACAUUAAAAAGAAGGAUGAUAUCUAUUUGCGACCCCGUGACAAAGACAGCGACGAUGAUCAUAAGGAAGAGGGGAAAGAAAUCGAAGGGAAAUGCAAGGAAGGGGGGGAACAGCAAACUCAGAAAGAGUGUUCCAAUGAGAAGAAAGAUGAAGGGGAGGAUCCAGAUCGCCUCAUUCGCGCUGCUGCAAAAGCUGGAGUGUACCGGUAUUUUAUGAAUGAUCUGAGACCAUUUAGUAGUCGCCCUUGCGACGAUGACAGGGAAGCCCACUGUGACUAUCUGGAGCUUUUGUGCGAAAAGUCGACAAGAGCCUUGAUGGAUCAGCUUACCCCAAACGACAAGGCCCAAAUUGAUGCAGCCCUCGGCCAAGAGUACAAUCCAGACGUUCUGGACAUGACCAUGGAAUGCACAGGAGCAGAGGAAUUUGACAAAGUUUUCCCUCUUCCUCCUCCCGAGUUUCGUCUGGAUGUUGCGGAAGUGCUCCCAUUGGUUCAUCGUUGGAUGAUGGAAAGGUUGUGCACACAGCUACUUACUCCACGAGCCGCCGCAAUCUUGACCGCUGCAUUGAGCGCAGUCCUGUACCAGGCCCACCUCAAGAAUUUAGAAGAGGAAUCUGACGAAGAAAGUGGCGCAGAAGGUGAUUCGGAGAGUGAGGAAGGGAGCCAUGUUGAUGGCGUAUCAGAAGCGGAGGAUGGUGCAGAAAGCGAUGGCGCGGAAAGCGAUGGCGCCGAGAGCGAUGGCGCAGAAAUCGACGAUGCCACGGGUGAUGGCGCAGAAAGUGUCGACGCCAAGAGCGAUGGUGCAGAAAGCGAUGCAGAGGCAGAGGACGCUGCCAUUCAGGAGCACAAAGCUUGCUGA